ACGACUGGGGCUGGCUGGUCCACCGCUAGCACGAGUCCAAAGUUGGGGCUGUCCGUAGGUUAAUUUUGUUAUGUUCUGUUCAGUUUUGUUCUGCUCUGCUCAGCUCCGGUCUGGCCUGGUCUGGUCUGGAUGGUCUAUGGUGAUCUGAUCUACAGCCCGGUGAUUGGAGAAGCCGAGGGGCUGGACCACGAACAUGGCCAUCCUCGUCUCCUAACAACAAAGUUUUCCAGAAGAAUUUUGGACCGGAGUCGGGUCGAUGGGAGGAUGAAUGACCCUUGUUUCGGCCACUGGAAUGUGUGAAUGUUCUGGCCCCCCUUUAGCAGGUGAGGGUGUGCCAGCGCGCUUCGAGAACCGGUCUCCCUUCUGAUACUGAAGUUUAUCCCUGGUUCGUGACCGAAGUUGUUAAAAUCAUUUCAGUGUCUGUGCAUGUCACUCGAGCUGUGCACGUGGAAAAGUCAAUUCAUCGGGGCCGGGGAUGGCGAUCUCCAUCGUUUGCUGAGAGGGGCGAAUGUUAGACAUCUCGGUGACAGACUCUGUGCUCUUGUGUCUUCGAAAAACCCCAAGGACUGUCUUCACAAGGCCAUCAUGAGGAUGUAGGAUAAAACACUUGCACUGGACUCGACAGUCGCCCGCAUUGGAAUCAUUAUAUAAUAAAAAUGGAACGCGAUUCCUACACAUCGAGACUUUCAAAUUCAGUGUCCUGUUGUUGGCAUUCCAAAUUCUUCAGAUCUGAAGACAGCUACGGAUCCGGAAGUGAGUAAGUACGCGGGAUAAAACAUUUGAACAAUCAAAAUUUUGGUUUAUUCUCAUGGAGGUGCGCAACAGAGAAGAGAAAGCCAGAGGGUGAAGCAGGGCACGUUCUUGACCUUUGACCAAAUACGGGAUCUUCUUUUGACCACAAAAGACGAAAUUCUAUUCCGAGCAUUCGCCACUUACGGGAUUCGAAGAAUAGAGGGAUCACACCAAAGACACGGAGCAGCUAGCCGCCCAUCGCAGUCUGUAUGACUCUCUGUGGGAACAAAGUCUCGAACCGGAUUUGCGUUGGAGGGAAGACAAAGAAAAGGCAACUUUGUCCUGGAGCAGCCGAGCGAGUUCAUUCGUGCGUGAAUCUGUUAGCCACUGUGGCUCAAGAGAGAUGAUGCGAUAAGGUGUUGAGGUUUCACCAUCUUUCCCACAAAAUGAGGCCCUUGGAUAUAUCUUUCGCAGAAGCUCUGCGUUGGCUACAGUCGCAUCAUCUGUCUGCGAGCAGAGCAUCUUUUCUCUCUCUCUCUCUCUCUCUCUCUCUCUCCCCCCGCUCGCCCCUCCUAACAUGCCCACACACACCCUCACACAUAGCAGCACAACAGGCUGGGCAUGUAGUUUACUCGUACGUGUUCUACAAUUUGUGAGUCGGUAGUGGCUGCGCGUGCGUGCAUGCUCUCGAGAACUGUGUUGUACGUGGUAGAGGAGGUCAUUUCUGUACAACGGUGCUUCACUCGGUUGGUGGGUUAAACGAAGUAGUUUUCGGGAGCAGGAUCAGCAGCAGCGGACUCUUGAGUUCGGAGAAGCAGCAGCAGACGCUCGAGCAUCAUCAGCAUCAGCGGAGCACGAUGAGGCUCGACAACGAACGAUAUCAGGCCGCCUGGUUUGCUUGAGAACAGAGAGUCUAUGGGAUCUACCUCGUUGAUGUCUAGCGUUUGCUUUGUGAUCAAUGAAAUUCGUUCUGCGAUGACGAGAAACUUCUCCACAC